AUGGUCAACUGGUCAAUCUACACGAUAGGCCUCCUGGCUCUCAGCCUUUCCAGCCAGGCAACCCAAACUUUCAGCAACACGGGAACAACCUCCGGCUGGGAUUCCACAAAUGCCGAGCACGAUGGCACAGUCCAACAGGUGACAAAUGUUGUCUACAAAGGAACGACAGCCUUGAAAAUGACACAAGUCUACGACUCGAGCUACACCGGACGAUACCACUCAGAGGUAGUGAAGAACGAUGUGUACAAGCGCGGCGAUACCGGCUUCUACGGAUUUGCCUUCCGCCUUCAAGAAAGCUGGCAAUUCUCCCCCGCCCAGUCGUACAACAUCGCCCAGUUCAUCGCUGACUUCUCCGACACCGGCUGCGACGACUACAUGCCAUCCAGCAUGGUCUGGCUCGUCGGGGACCAACUUUACUCUCGCGUCAAACAGGGAACGAUCUGUGCACAGAAGAUCCAGACCUUCUCCAACCUUGCUACCGUCUCUGCGGGCGUGUGGCACAGAGUUGUGAUUCAGGCUAGCUGGAAGACGGACGGAACAGGAUAUUAUAAGAUGUGGCUUGACGGAACGAAGGUUUUGGAGGAGUAUAACAUCGAUACAACGAUUGAGGAUGAUCGGGUGUUCCAGUUCCGAGUUGGUCUGUAUGCUAAUGGAUGGCAUGAUGAUGGUGCGAUGAAGGGGACUCAGGGGACGCGACAGGUUUGGUAUGAUCAGAUUGCUACCGGGACGACCUUUGCGGAUGCCGAUCCUGCUCAAUGGUAG